AUGGCUUCACCAGCCGACGUCUCGUACGCAGACGUUUUCAUCGGCUCCUGGAAAGAUCAUUCCAAGGGUACGAUCAAGGGCACCAACAUUACCAUCUCCUCCAAGAAUGGCGUCAUUCUCGUUGCCUUCCUCGCUCUCUUCGUCCAGUUCGCGGGUCAGCAUCUCUGGGGCAUCGCUGCGUUCAUCUGGUACCAGCUCCGGCUUUCUGGGAGGCGAAAGUACAAUGCCGCUCUGAGGUAUCAGCAGGAUAUGUCCAUUAGAAAUAAUGGAUCUCCUGGCCAGACACUGUGGACUCUGACACGCAUUGCGUGGGCGUGGCGACAUGCCAAGGGCUACAAGAAAGAGAAGAAGGCGUGGUGGAGAGUGAGCGGGUUGCCGAUCUUUGUGCCGUUUCUGUUCAUGGUGUUGUUGACCGCAACGGGUAUUUUGUCUUCCAAUAUCAUGGAGACAAGUCAAGUGAAUAUCCUGCUGAGGGGAGACGAAUGUGGGAUCUGGGAAGUGCCAGAUGCAGAGACAGUCAAAGCCAGCGACAACGGGUUCAUGAUUGAGAAUGCCAAAUACAUCGGUGGGGUCACUGAGUUUGGUCGCAUCUACGCUCGUGCCUGCUACAACACCACCAGCGAGACAAGUUCACCUAUGUGUGAGGCCUUCACGACGAAAGCCAUCCCUUACACCUCUCACAUGAAUGCCUCAUGCCCAUUCGACAAUCAGACCUGCAUCUAUGGCAAUGAGAAUCUACAGAUGGACACCGGCAACAUGGACACCAACGACGUCCUUGGAAUCAAUACCCGUGAAGACAAUGUCCACUUUCGUAAAGUCACCACGUGUGCGCCUUUGCAGCCUGAUCUAUGGACAACAAGGGAGAACACUACCGGUCCGAUGGGUGAAGAUGAAUACCGCAUCAAGUGGAAUUGGGGCACGAUCCCCUGGUACAACGACACAGACUAUGUUGCGGAAGCAGUUAGCGAUAACACCAACCGCCUAUCUCAAAGUUUCACGGGCUACUCGAUGGUCUCUUCGUCAUACUUACCGCGAAAAGAAUUUAAUACGACAGACGGAGACAUCUACAUGAUGUUCCUCGCUGCGCAUGCCGUCAACUUCGCAAAGCCUAUCGAUGACCCCUGGUUUUCGGCGCACCGUCCGAACCCUGGACCCGUAAACCGUACCUACUACUUCAGCGAUCACCUUCUCUCGCCGCUAGGCUGUGUCGAGCAAUUUCAGUUCUGUAAUCCGAAGAAAGGAGAUGCAGAAGGAGCAUGUACCUCCCUCGCGGGGAUCGUUCCUGCAACCGCAGCCGCGAAAUUCGACCUCGAUUUGUCGCCCAUGCAGUCUGCUAUUGUCGACCUGCUCAUCAAUGCCGUCUACGCCAACAAUGCUAUUAUACUUCAGCCGAUUCAGCUUCUGGCAGACGACACGAGCAACGAUGGCGUACAAAUGCCGCUGCCAAAGAAUCAGUGGAUCAUCGAGCUCCAAGACAUGCACAACCGCGUCCUCACGGAGAUACAACGCAUUAUCGUCGACUACGCCCGCGGCCCUUCCUCCCAAGGCGCGAAGCAGUUCCUCGUUGUGCCGGACAGCAACUACCGCAACUUGUGCUCGAUGAUCAGGGCAAAGACAAGCGGACAAUUUAGCUCCAUCAAUACGUACGGGCUUGCGCUGACGAUUGGUCUGGGAACGCUGAUCAUCCUCGCGAACGUCUUCCUGGAGAGCCUCAUCCGGUGCUUUCAGCGGCGGAGGAAGGCGGCGCAUCGGGGCGUGGAUGCUUGGGCUGAAGACGGGCUGUUGCAGGUUCAUAAGAACACGCUGGUUCUUGCUGAGGAGGAGGAGUGGCGGAAUGUGGAUGGUGCGGUGCCGGUUACGCAGCAUUGGUGUUCGUUGGCGAAGGAGGAUGAGGGUGUUUCCCUCUCGCCUGGCGAGACGGUUGUGGAGAAGGGAGCAGACGAGCUUGAACGUCCUGAGAUACAUGUGCAGGAUGUGGAUGCUGUGAGGAGGGUGGAUACGGAUGAGACGUUGGCGCUUGAGAGUCCGGCGCAGGCGGGGUGGAAGGAGGGAGAUGAGAGGAAGUGA